UCUAAGCAUAAACCCCUCAUGUCUCCGGUGGUAAAUCCCAAACCUCUUUCAAACAACUCAGGGAUGUUCAAGUUAUUCACAUCAAAGGGAAGCAAUUCAAUUCUUGUCAAAAUUAUUCAAAAAUGUUCCAUCUCCAAUUUCCAUACCAAAAACCCAGCAAUCCAAUUCAUUCUUGAAGAAGGCAAAACACUUCAAUCAACGACUAAGCAGAAUGAAGAAGCUGAGUUUUCCAGAAAACCUAGCUCUGGAAUUUGGCCUGAAUGGGUGAACUUGAUGGAGAAGUUGUUAAAAAGUGGAUAUUUUGAGGGAGUCGGAAACCCUUUUGAAAAUGCUGAAAUGGAUACUAACCAAAUUAGAACUGCUUGUUUGAAUUUUGCUCGAGACCGAAUUGAUCUGAUAAGAUAUUUGUCCUGGCAAGAUAUUGGGGUGCUUGCAGGUUGUGGCUGUCCAAGCAUGGAUAGAAAAGUUGUCAACUCUGGAAAGCGCCUUAGGGUAUUGUUCGGCAUCGAGGAAGGAAAUGUCUGCAGCUUCUGUACAUUCAGGGGAAGUUGUGAGAGGGCAUACAUCAUCGCACGUGAAGAUCAAGGUGGUCGAACUGUUGAUGUUAUGCGUCUACUAUUGACUUAUGGACUUAAUCCAACUACUGGUGCUGUGGAGAAUAAACCAUCCUUGAACAAAAGAGUUGAGGAAUCAGCAAGAAAGCUGUUGAAAGAAAUUGUGAAUUUCAGUUCUGAGGAACUCAUCUGUGAAACACAGAAAUCCACAAACCCUUGCAAUCCAUCUGUACAGGGUGAUCACCAAGAAGGAGGUCAGAUCAAUGUUCUGAGGGAACAAGGUGAUUGGUUUUGUCCCAAAUGCAACUUCUUAAAUUUUUCUAGAAAUGUUAAGUGCUUACGGUGCAAUGGCUUAUUUCACGAAAGACUUAGCAAGCUAAGACAGGAGCAGGAUCAUCCUCCAUUAAGGAAAGGCGACUGGAUUUGCGACAAAUGCCACUUUAUGAACUUUGCAAGGAAUACAAGGUGUUGGCAGUGUAAAGAAAAACCACCUACACGGCAGCUUAAUUCUGGAGAGUGGGAGUGUGAAUCGUGCAACUACAUCAAUUUCAAAAGAAACACGGUGUGCUUGAAAUGUGAUCAUAGACGACCAAAAGCAUCUAGCUGUGCAGGUUCUUCCUGUGGAUCUACAAAACAAAAUAGAAUCAUUAGUCUAACACGUCCUUAUUUUGGUGAAUUGAAUGAAGAAACAGAUGAGGAAUGGGAAUUAGUUGAGAGUGAGUAUGAAGAUCGUUUGAGCACAAUGUCACAGAAUCAGGUUGUUGAUUUUCCUGUUUUAGGGGGGAACAGUGAAUUGUCUCGAGAUGCAAAGAAGCAAGAAAGGUGGAAGACUGGAAAUGAAAGAGAAAAUGGUGAUGAAUUGAAUAACAAGUAUUUUCAAAAUAGGGGCAAUGAGGAAAUGGAUGAGUGGUUUGGGCAUAAAAAUGUGGGAAUCUAUCAGAAACUUUAAAGAAGCUAGGUGAAGGGAUUCACCCUAUCUUCCUGUUUUUGAAGCUGUUCUGGAUUUUGCACUACAAGCAUUGCAAUACAAAAGGAGAACUGCGAUCCCAGACGCCUCAAAUUACUUUUUGUACUCCACCCUCCCCUACUCCCCCCCUUUUUAUGUAAUGAUCUUCAGGAUCCAAAUGGACCCAUGGUCCUCUAUCCCUGUACUAAUGUUUGAUCAAUAGAAUUCAUCUUUUCUGACCUCACCAAAAAAACAUUAAAGAAGAUAUUAUGAAAGUUGUGUUGUGGCAAGAAAUUUCACCUUCUAACAGCAGGCAACGUACGCCACUACAAAAAAAGUGUUAUAUUGCGGAGGUUUUAUUGUGGAGGUUAACAUAACCCCCCUAAAUUGCAUCAAACUUCAGAGGCUUAAACAACCCCUCCAAUUUCUGUGCAAUUUGUGGAGAUCAUCAACUGCCGUAACCCUCAAGAUUAAAAAUUCUGCUAUAUCAACACGUGAUGAUGUCGGAGAAGAAACAAUGGCGCCAGUGUCUUGAAUUCAUCGGAGGCGGCAUCUGGAAAUUCGAAUUUGAAGUCGUCAACUCCGCCAGUGGUGGCAUUGGUGUGUAUGGAGCUCUGGCAUGUGUGUGUUGGCCCAUUGAUUUCGCUGCCGAAGAAAGGAAUUGUUGUUGUGUACCUACCUCAAGGUCACCUUUUAAUCAUCUCUCUGAGUACCUGUCCAUAGCUUAUAGCCUCCCUCCUCAUGGUUUAUGUCAUAUUGUAGAUGUCAAGCUACAAGUGUUGGAUUACAGGUGGAUGUGACAUUUGAUGAGGUCUAUGCAUAGGUCUCGCUAGUUCCUGACAAUCAGAUAUUCUAACUGCUUAAAUUUAGUUCCUUUAGGAAGAAGAUAUAUGUAAGUAUUUUGUCAACUUAACAAAGGAGAUGGAUGAUCAAAUAGAUAUUUCAUUUCGCGGCCAUGGGGUCCCUCCCUCCAAGGCAAACUUGUUCCGCUGAAUUUUGACUAAAGGGGUUCCUAUUCUUAAACAUUCCAUAUGUGCUUAAAUGAGAAUAAUGUGGAUACUAUCAAUGUUGUAAUCAGACCAAUGAUGGUGUAACAGGUUUAUUUUGCUGUAUGGUUACUCUGGUGUCUACUCUUAUGCCAUUUAUGAGCAUGUUGGUUCACCUGAGUGGCAUGCUUUCAGCCUUGGUGAAACUAGAUUGAAAAGCCUUCAAGCUCCGGAAAGAUAAUUGCAGGACAAAUCAAGUUUAGUUUAUUGGGAAGGAGGUAGUAUAUAUCCAGCUAUAGCUUCUACAUUUUGAUGCGGUUGUUAUCAUGAAGUGCGUCCUAAUUGGAAAGAAAAGGAGAAAUAUCAAUCAGUUUUAGUUGAAUUCAAGACUCACAAAGUACAAGAAUGUGCAAAUGAAUAAUUGGUUUGAUAUGAUGUCAAAGUGAACAAAUUCAGUACCAUAAUGAAUGACUCUGUUGGAAGACCAAA